AUGAGCAGUUGGAGAACACUUCUUCUACGAAUCGGCAACAAGUGCCCGGAGUACGGCGGCAGCGCAGACGUCAAAGAACACAUUGACACGUGUUAUGGAGUUGUCCGGCGAGAGCUGGAGCACUCCGCCGGCGAUAUUUCUACGUUCCUUAUCGAAUGUGCUGAGGGAUUGCCUCACAAGAUUCCGCUGCUUGGGACUGUGAUUGGCUUGUUGAACCUGGAAAAUGAGGACUUCGUGAGGGGAGUCGUCGAGACUACUCAGACUCGUUUUCAGGAGGCAUUGGAUUCUGGCAAUUGUGAUAGGAUUCGUGUUCUGAUGCGUUUUCUAACUGCUCUGAUGUGUAGUAAAGUUCUGCAGCCUGCUUCCCUUGUGGUUGCUUUUGAAACAUUGCUGUCUUCUGCUGCCACCACAGUUGAUGAGGAGAAGGGAAAUCCUUCAUGGCAAGCUCGUGGUGACUUCUUUGUAACUUGUAUAUUAUCUUGUCUUCCAUGGGGUGGAUCAGAACUUGCUGAGCAAGUUCCUGAGGAGAUGGAGAGAGUUAUGGUUGGUGUAGAGGCUUAUUUGAGCAUACGAACUCAUAAUACAGACAUUGGCUUGUCGUUUUUUGAGGAUGACGAUGAUUUAAGUGUUGGUGAAAAGGACUUCUUGGAGGAUUUGUGGGAUCGAAUAAAGUUUCUAUCUAGUAAUGGAUGGAAAGCUGACAGUGUUCCCAGACCUCACCUGGCAUUCGAAGCUCAAUUGGUUGGUGGAAAGGCUCAUGAGUUUGGGCCCAUUAAUGCACCGGAGCAACCUGAGCCGCUGUCACAACUUUCUGGGAUAACCUAUGGCAGAGAGAAGCACAAUGCAGAAUUAAAGUAUCCUCAAAGGAUACGGAGGCUAAAUAUAUUUCCGACGGGUAAAAGUGAGGAUAUGCAACCGAUAGAUCGUUUCAUUGUGGAAGAGUAUCUACUGGAUGUGCUUUUGUUCCUCAAUGGCUGUCGAAAGGAAUGUGCUUCCAACAUGGUAGGCCUGCCCGUGCCCUUCCGAUAUGAGUACCUUAUGGCAGAGACUCUUUUUGCUCAGCUACUCUUGCUUCCACAACCUCCAUUCAGACCAUUGUAUUACACAUUGGUUAUCAUGGACCUCUGUAAGGCUCUACCUGGGGCAUUUCCUGCCGUCGUAGCUGGAGCUGUCCGUGCUCUUUUCGAGAAGAUUGCUGAUUUAGAUAUGGAGUGCCGCAAUCGACUCAUCCUCUGGUUUUCCCACCAUUUGUCAAACUUCCAGUUCAUCUGGCCAUGGGAAGAAUGGGCUUAUGUUCUUGACCUUCCUAAAUGGGCGCCCCAGCGUGUGUUUGUCCAGGAGGUUUUGGAGAGAGAAGUGCGUCUCUCAUACUGGGAAAAGGUUAAGCAGAGCAUUGAGAACGCACCUGCUUUAGAAGAGUUGCUUCCGCCCAAAGGCAGUCCUAACUUCAAGUACAGCGUCGAAGAUGGAAGAGAGAAAACAGAAUAUCAUGCAAUCUCUGCAGAGCUCAGCAACAAGGUGAAGGGGAGGGCAACUGCCCGAGAAGUAAUCGCUUGGAUUGAGGAAACGGUUUUACCCGCCCAUGGCUUUGAGUCGACACUUUCAGUGAUUGUACAAACUCUUCUUGACAUUGGUUCUAAGAGCUUCACACACUUGAUUACUGUUCUGGAGAGGUAUGGCCAAGUCAUCACACGACUCUGUCCAGAUCUCGAGAAGCAGAUCUUGCUGAUUGCUGAAGUGAGUUCCUACUGGGAGAACAGCACCCAGAUGACAGCCUUGGCAAUUGAUCGUAUGAUGGGAUAUCGCCUGCUAUCUAAUUUGGCUAUCAUCAAAUGGGUCUUUUCUCAACCGAAUAUAGAGCAAUUUCAUAUCUCUGAUCGCCCAUGGGAGAUUCUGGGGAAUGCAAUUAGCAAAACCUAUAACCGUAUGUCGGAUUUGAGGAAGGAGGUUUUGUCUCUCAAGAAGAAUGUUCUAGUUGCUGAAGAAGCUGCAGCCAGGGCAAAAGCAGAGUUAGAUGCUUCUGAGUCUAAGCUUACUUUGAUGAAUGGAGAGCCCGUUAUGGGUGAUAGUCCUGUGAAGAUGAAGCGGUUGAAAUCGCAUGCUGACAAAGCCAAAGAAGAGGAAGAAUCUGUGCGGGAUUCGUUGGACACUAAGGAGGCUCUGCUUGCUCGAGCCACAGUUGAAAACGAGGAACUGUUCCUUGCUCUGUACAAAAACUUCUCCAGUGUGUUGAAAGAGAGGCUGCCUGAUGCAUCUAAAGUUCAAACAUUACGAGACUUGAAAUCUACUCAAGGCGAUGAGAUGGCUGUUGAUACUGAUCAACCAUCAACCAUGGAAGUAGAUGAUGAGAAUGGGGGAGCUAAGAAAAGCCAGUCGAAUGGUGAGGGCGGGUGCAGCAACAUCUACAACAUUGGUGAAAAGGAGCAGUGGUGUUUAUCAACUCUAGGCUACAUCAAGUCCUUCUCCAGGCAAUACGCCUCCGAGCUCUGGUCGCACAUCGAGAAGUUAGACGCCGAGGUUCUCACCCACGACGUCCACCCUCUUUUCCGAAGAGCUGUAUAUUCCGGUUUGCGACGACCCAUGAACGAGCUUUCAUCUGGAUGA